AUGUUUGUCCAGGUAUGCCUGUACUUCUACUGCAAAUGUUUGUGGCGCUGCCUGAAAUUCGUGGUCAGGAAACUAACAGGUCGAUGUGAAUUGCAAAGGAUCUGUUACAAUACCAAACCUGGAGCUGCUAGAACUAUGAAAAUAGAGGCAUCACUGAAAGGUUCAAAAAGUAAGCGGCUGCAAUCUUCAGUAAGUGUUCACCCUGAUGCUAUUGAGAAAACUAUAGAUGACAUCAUGGAGCUGAAAAGGAUUAAUCCAGAUAUAAAUCCACAGUUGGGAAUAUCUCUUCAGGCAUGCCUGCUGCAGAUUGUGGGGUACAGAAAUCUGAUUGCAGAGGUUGAAAAGCUGCGCAGAGAGCCGUAUGAUUCAGAGAAUCCGCAACAUGAGGAAAUGCUUCUGAAGUUGUGGAAAUGCUUGAAGCCCAAUUCGCCACUGAAAGCUCGGAUUUCGAAGCAGUGGUGUGAAAUUGGUUUCCAAGGUGACGAUCCUAAAACAGACUUUAGAGGGAUGGGUCUCCUGGGCUUAUAUAACUUGGUGUAUUUUGCCGAAUGGGACACUGAGAUAGCUCAGCAAGUUCUCUCUGAUUCUCUUCAGCCUAAAUACAGGGAAGUCACUAAGAAGGAACUAAGCCAAUUCAGCAAAGCCGAAUGGGAGAAGAAAAAGUUUGAUAAAGCAAUCGGCUAUUCUUUUGCUAUUGUGGGCAUUAACAUAACAGACCUCGCAUACAACCUGCUUGUGAGUGGAGCUCUGAAGACCCAUUUCUACAAUGUUGCUCCAGAAGCACCAACACUAACUCACUUUCAGCAGACGUUCUGCUACUUAAUGCAUGAAUUCCACAAAUUCUGGAUUGAAGAGGAUCCACUGGACAUAAUGGAGUUCAAUCGUGUCAGAGAGAAGUUUCACAAGCGAAUCUUGAAACAGCUUCAGAACCCAGAGAUGGCUCUGUGCCCUCAUUUUGCUGCAUCAGAAAGUUUAAUCAAUAUGUAG